CUUUAAUCCCCUCUUGAACUCCAUUUAAUUAAAACUUGUUUACGCCUUUUUCACAAAAAAAAAAAAAAAAACUUGUUUAGGCCUUUACAUUUUUCUCUUGCAUGAGAACUCAAAACGAAAAUCAGCAUUAAGAAUCCUAACUUUAUUUCUUUUAGAUUCCAUUUUUCUUAAAAUAAAAUCUCACUGCAUCCACUUUAUCAGCCACUAAGAAUUUUCCCAUAAAAUGAGGUGGGAAAGGCUCCAGUUACAACAAACCCAUCAACAAGAAGCUCAACAACCCCAGAAGAGUAAUGGGCCAGGCAAGAGGUGGGGGCAUACCUGCAAUUCCGUUAGAGGAGGGAGAUUUCUUUAUGUUUUCGGUGGAUAUGGCAAAGAUAAUUGCCAAACUAACCAAGUUCAUGUCUUUGACACCGCGAUGCAGACUUGGAGCCAGCCAGUGAUAAAAGGCACUCCGCCCACUCCAAGGGACAGCCACAGUUGUACUACUGUUGGUGACAAUCUGUUUGUGUUUGGAGGCACUGAUGGGAUGAACCCUCUUAAGGAUCUGCAUAUAUUAGAUAUUUCAUCACAUACAUGGAUUUCUCCAACAGUGAGAGGAGAGGGACCAGAGGCACGAGAGGGUCAUAGUGCUGCUCUUGUUGGUAAACGUCUCUUCAUAUUUGGUGGCUGCGGAAAAUCUUCAAAUGAUAAUGUUGAAGUGUAUUACAAUGAUCUUUACAUAUUAAAUACAGAGACAUUCGUAUGGAAACAAGCAGCUACAUCUGGCACUCCCCCUUCUGCGCGUGAUAGCCAUACCUGCUCAUCUUGGAAGAACAAAAUCAUUGUGAUUGGUGGUGAAGAUGGACAUGAUUAUUAUUUGUCUGAUGUACACGUCCUUGAUGCAGAAACUCUUGUAUGGAAAGAGCUCAACACCACAGGCCAGAAGUUGCCACCUCGAGCUGGUCAUUCCACUGUUGCUUUUGGCAAGAAUUUAUUUGUUUUUGGGGGAUUUACAGAUGCUCAAAAUCUGUAUGAUGACCUGUACAUGCUUGAUGUUGACGCCGGUGUAUGGACAAAGGUGAUGACUACAGGAAUUGGGCCUUCUGCAAGAUUUUCUGUGGCGGGGGACUGUUUAGAUCCACAGAUGGGUGGUGUAUUGGUGUUCAUAGGUGGUUGCAAUAAAAGUCUUGAGGCACUUGAUGAUAUGUUUUACUUGUAUACAGGAUUUACAAGCGAACAAGAUGAGCAACGGCUAGAAAAAUUAUCCUUAAGGAAGCAAUUGAAGCUAAAGUGCCAAGAACAAUGCCUUAAUUCUCCUGUAAAUGAUAAAGCUAUGGUUAGAAUUGACACAAGUAAUGACUUCCACCACACUCUGCCAACUUAUUCCAGACCAAGCAGAGAGAAUUUGCAAUUGAAUCAAGUGCAACUUAAUCAAGGGAAGAAGACAUUUCAAGCCAAAGUUACCGAAAGCUUCCCCCAUUGUUUUACCGUUGAAACCAUCAUAGAUGGGAAGCCUCUACGCGGAAUAUUGUUUGCCAACAAGCCAAUCACCCCCCAAAUGGCUAAUCAUAAUAAUAUUAGGAAAAGGACUGGUGGGCUAAUUGGCAGUGGUAUGUUGAAUGGCGAUCACAACAACAAAUCAAAAGCAUCUAGAACCCUCAAGCAGGAUGCAGAAGACCACAUGCGACCGGACAAUGCUUGUGGGAAGGAGCCUGCAUCACAUGAAAGCAAGACAGAAACAGUUGUUGCUUCUGAUUCAAAGAACCUAGCAUCUUGUGAUGUUUCUCAGAUCUGCAAGGUCCAUGUGAACCCAGAAUCAUCUGUAGCUUCUCUGAAUUUAAAUGAUGAUAUGAUAAAUGAUGCACCAAAUUCUGGUGCUAAAUUUCCAAACAUAGCCAUGGGAUCACUUUGUCACUAAAUCAAGAUCACAGGACAACUGUCGAGGUAGACGGUGAUCCAGGGAAAUCAGUUUCAUUGGUGAAAACACUUGACCUUGUGGAAUGACACUACAAAAACCACCUGCCCUUGAACAUUAGUAGCUCAGAAGGUGGUCAUAGAUGCGCAUGACUGGUGGUGAUGCACAGAUUCUGCUAACCGGUGUGAUCUACGACCUACCAAGUUAUUACUUUUUUUCUUUCUCCACCAACUCAUAGUCUCUUCUAAAUUUAAACACUAGUUGUUCUAAUAUAAUGAUUAACUGUAGCUAUAUAUGUUGCCCUUUACGUGCUAUGUCUUUGAUUAGUUACUGUUCCAGAUCUGACUGUUCACGGCGACGAGGAAGGAAAAGAGAUUGCUUAUACGAAAUCAGACUCUAAUGGGUAGCUUAUUUAUGUGACAGAAUGUUGUUCUCAAUGUAGUUCAAGUAGGCUUGAAGUAGUAAUAUCUUUCAGCUUCAGUAAAGUCUAUCAUGUCUCGUAGGUUAUAGUUUCACGGAAAUUGCACGAAUUUGUCUUUACUUUUUUAAUUUUGUAAUUCGUUCUCUGAAAAGGAAGUAAAUUAUGGGAUACCAUUUUUACAGCA